AUGUUUGGCUGUAAGUACAAAACUGAUAUUAAUGCUCCAAGCCUUCAUUACCUUGAGCUUAGAGGUAUUACAUUGUAUGAUUAUUCUGUGAAUUUUUCAUCCUCUCUAGUUGAGGCAUGUAUCUCUGGUAGAUGUGAUUUUGGGCUUCUUAAAGGAAUCUCCAAAGCCAAGCAUUUAACACUGAAUGGUGAUGUUAUGUGGUCUCUACACAUCAUUAUUCGUGCUCAUGCUUUCCCUACGUUCCAUAAUCUUAAGAAGAUGGUGUUACACGUUGGAAAGCCAGUUAACUGGGAAUUUCUGCCAAACUUACUUAUGUGCUCUCCAAAACUAGAAGCUCUCGUCGUUCCAGAGGGACUUGUGGUGCCGAAAGAGAGUGGACGACAUUACUAUCGCUUCUAUUGGCAUCGGCCAGAGUCUGUGGCAGAAUGUUUGCUUCUGCAUCUUAAGACAAUUGAAAUUUUUAACUUUGUGGGAUUGCCAGGUGAGCUAUAUCUUGUGUCAUAUUUGCUGGAACGUGCUGAAGUCUUGGACAGAAUGACAAUUCACUCUUAUGAUUUUAGUGGAAGGCCAAGAGUGCGAAAGAAAAUGGAAUCUAUUCGGGAUGAGGCAUUCAGUUUCCCGAUACGUUCCAGUACUUGUAAACUUGUGUUCAUCAUAUAA